AUGGAAGACACUACUUAUGAUCGUUUUGCGGUCACCUUGGACCCUUCUGCACAGGAAUUCCGACCAACAUACCCUUUGUCUUUACCUCCCCCCUUACCCAAUACUUACUACUCGUACAACUUUUACAGUCCUCCACCACCGCUACCGCCACCGCCAGCGGCGGUGUAUGCUACCCAUAAACAACCUUCUCUCCCUCCGCCACUCCCACCACCAUCAACCACCCCAACACGCACCCUCCUGCUGAGCUCCGUCCCUUCCGACGUGAGCGAGUCGAUAAUCCGGCGAGACUUGGAGGUGUUCGGAGAUGUGAGAGCUGUACAGAUGGAAAAAGUAAGAGAUGGGAUCGUCACCGUCCAUUUUUACGACCUACGGCAAUCGACGGAAGCGCUUCACGAGAUUCAGGAACAGCACAUGCAACAACAGUGUCGUCUACGGAAACACUUCGAUUCACUCACGUUGUCGUCGCCGUCGCCGUCGAACAAUUCGGUUCCGCCGUAUAAUUACCAUACCAACAGUUACUUAUCACCUCCACUCCCUCCGCCGGCGCCUGGACUCAUCGCCGGUCGCGCCGUCUGGGCACAGUUCACUUUUCCAGCCGCCGCCGGUCUCCCCGACGGCUACAAUCAAGGCACAAUCGUUGUUUUCAACUUGGACUCCGAUGUCACCGCCGGAACCCUCAAAGAAAUAUUUGAAGCUUAUGGGUGUGUGAAGGAAUUAAGAGGGACGCCAUUGAAGAAGAACCAAAGGUUUGUAGAGUUUUACGACACUAGAGAUGCAGCAAAGGCUUUAAUGAACAUGAAUGGCAAAGAAAUUCACGGCAAGACGGUGGUCGUCGAGUUCAGCCGUCCAGGCGGUCACAAAUUUCCUUCGGAUUCACUUGCUUAUCGUCGUCCUUCUCCUCCACCACCGCCUUCUUUGAAGAAGACCGGAAAAAAGCAACCCGAAAAUGUCGGUGGUGGUGCUUGGAGUAAGCAACGGAAGGGUUCGAGACAAACAAGAGAGAGGUACGAUCCAAGGUUUUUGAUCAAGGAAGAUGGAAUCAUUUCUGAAUCAAGCUUUUCCGAUUCAAGAACUACAGUUAUGAUCAAGAACAUCCCGAACAAAUACAGUCAGAAACUGUUGCUGAACAUGCUGGACAACCACUGCAUUCACUGCAACGAGCAGAUAGCCGGUGGCAGCGGCGGAGACCAGCCAUUGUCUUCAUAUGACUUCGUCUACCUUCCUAUCGAUUUCAUGAACAAGUGCAACGUGGGAUAUGGGUUCGUGAACAUGACGUCGCCGGAGGCAACAUGGAGGUUAUAUAAGGCGUUUCACCACCAAAACUGGGAGGUUUUCAACUCCAAGAAGAUCUGCGAAGUUUCUUACGCAAGAUUGCAGGGGGUGGAUGCAUUGAAGGAGCACUUCAAGAACUCAAGGUUUCCAUGCGAGGCGGAGGAGUAUAUGCCGGUGGUGUUCGAACCUCCGCGAGACGGGCGGAAGCUGACGGAGCCAACACCGAUCGUAGGACGCAGCAUGGUAGAGGUUGGAAGUUAUAGUAGUAGUAAUAAUGAGAUUGUUGUAGAAGAUGUUAAUUCCGAUAAUAGUAACAGUGACGGCGGCGGUGACGGCGGCGGUGGUGACUUUAUGGUUAAUACUCGGAGUAGACGAGAUACCUCACCUGAAGGUCAAGCGGUGACUGAAUCUACCGCGGAUCAACCACCACAGACCACCGCUAGGGUUUAA